ACGGGGUUGUCGACAUAAUUACCAGAAAUCAUGUUAAUUAUAUUAUUUGAUGCGUAAUAAUGUCCUUGCAAUGAUAUUAAUCGAUCACUUGGUCAAUAUAUAUACAAAUAUAGGCUCACAUACUAAAAAUACAAACAAAACCGUAAUGGCCUCUCCACUGGAAAUAGAAAUAUUCGGGUGCCCUAGCAUUCAUGUUGAUGCUAAAAGAAAAGAAGAAGAAAGCAGCUUUUAUCAUGCUGUUCAGCUAAUGCUCUCUUCUGUGCUGCCCAUGUCAAUGCAGUUGGCAAUUGACUUGGGCCUUUUUGAUGUCAUCGCCAAAGCGGGUACAGAUGCCAAGCUCUCUGCAUUAGACAUAGCAGCCAAGAUUGGCACCAAGAACCCCCACGCGCCGGUUACAUUGGACCGCAUCCUCAGGCUACUCACCGCACACUCCGUGCUCAGUUGCUCUGUGGUCACUGGCCAAAGGCUUUAUAGCCUCACCGCGGUGUCCAAGCAUUUUGUGACUAGUGAAGAUGGUGCUUCUUUAAGCCCCGUCAUGGCAUCAAUUCAAGCCAAUGUCGUCAUGAACAGUUGGUCGCAAGUGAAAGAUGCAAUUGUUGAAGGAGGAAUUCCGUUUAAUAGGGUCCAUGGCAAACACUUCUUUGAGUAUGCAGAUUCGGACCCUAGGUUUAAUCAAGUUUUUAAUUCGGGAAUGGUCAACCUCACCACUUUGGUUAUGAGGAGGAUUCUUGAUAGCUACCAGGGUUUUGAGCACCUUACCCAGGUUGUUGAUGUUGGGGGAGGGCUAGGGGUGGCUCUUGGCCUCAUCACUUCCAGAUAUCCUCAUAUUAAGGGAAUCAACUAUGACUUGCCCCAUGUUAUAAAACAUGCUCCCCAUUAUCCUGGUGUGCAACAUGUAGGAGGAGACAUGUUUUCAAAUGUUCCAAGUGGGGAUGCCAUUUUUAUGAAGAACAUACUUCAUGACUGGAUGGAUGAGCAGUGCAUAAAGCUAUUGAAAAAUUGUUACACAGCGAUUCCAGAUAAUGGAAAAGUAAUAGUUGUGGAAGCACUAGUUUCGGUUGAACCAGACACUAGCCCAGCUGAGAAGAUCACCUCAGAUUUUGAUGUGCUUAUGAUGACACUAUCCCCAGGAGGGAAGGAAAGGACCCAACACGAAUUUAUGGACUUAGCAAAUGCUGCUGGAUUUAGUGCCAUUAAAUAUGAAUGCCUUUCCAGUUAUCUUCGUGUUAUGGAGUUCAUAAAGUAGAGAUGGCACAUGCUUUCAUAUAUCAAUAAUUGAACAAUUCUUAGGGGUGAACAUAUUCACCCCCAUUGUUGAUUAACAUAUUUUUACUUAAUAAAUUUAUAAUCCAACU